AUGAGCUUCGCAGCUACUGUACGCAGUACGCAUGUACUUGCAGACCACCUGCACAUGCCAGUAGGCAAGCUGUUUGGUGGAUUACCCGCUGGUGUCAUGGCAGAUGCUGCAAUGACACACGACACGCUAUCAGCAACCAUGCAAGAAAGAGACAGACUGGUGGAGGAGCGGCCCAUCGCCAACACCAGCAGAUAUGGAAACGAUACUUCCGAGCCGGCCCUUAGCAGCUUCGAGAUGUUGCCAUCCGAGCUCAUCGACACCAUCUUGGGUUAUCUGUCGCCACUAGAACUUUCAGACAUGAGACAGGUGUGCAAAGCACUGCAUUCUCACGCUGAUAGUGAUUUUCACUGGCAACGUCACGUAUGGGCAAAUCUGCCCGGCAACCCCAUUACUACGCCGUAUCCAUUCAAUACGUUUCGUGAGCUGUACGCUUGUCACGAUCCGUUUUGGUUUAUACCUAAAAACAAGCUAUGGUUCUCGGACCGUGGACUUACAGGUCAAAUGAUCAUGGUGCAGUAUGACCAAAGGAGAGGCGUCAUAGAGGGCUAUCAACUCGUAGCAGUGAGCACUGUAAGCAGACGCGAGGCGUGGUCAACAAGCACAGGUGCUGUGGCGGAAAUAGAGCAUUUUGAACCCCAGGUCAAGCUACACAAAGAUAAACCCGUGCUCAAACUCAGCCCACCUGACCGAAGGCGCGAUACUGAGUCCGCGGAAUCUAGCCCCAAACGAGACUUUUUUCCUGCACAGCCUAUGAUGCUGGACAUUGACACAGACCCCCGGGUUGGCGAGGUGGUUCUGGCCAAGCCCUUGAGCGGUUUGCUCGAGGCUAACGUUCCAGACGCAUUUCCGUAUGGUUAUGUUUGGCCUCCUCCGGCCAUCCCAGCGGACCACCGUGUCGGGGCCCAGGCAGCCGGCGUCUUCCCCAUCUCCAGCCAACGGCUAGAGGUUGCCUCUCCAGGAAACUGGGCGCCCCAUAGUCGCUCAGAGGCUUCUGACCAGACAUUCCGUAUUCGGCGUUGGAUGGAGUGGAUGCGAUCUGGACUGGGCUUGAGGCUGGGAGAGGAGACAGUGACAUGGUCCACAUUGGAUCCCUAUUGGUACACGCCUACCAAGGAGAAGCCGUGGAGAGGCAUUUGGGUUGGAGACUAUAACGUACACAAGUGCGAGUUCCUGUUGAUUCACCAGCCCGACUCAGAAGAAGGCGAGACUCCAGCUUUUGAGCGCAAGCCAGAUGAGACGGACGAAGAGUUUAACGCCAGAUUUUUGCAUGAACGAGUGCACCAAGGAUCGCUGGAAGCCAUCAAGCUUACAGGAGAUACGAAUGUGCCCCGCGGUGAGCGUACAUUCAUCGCACCGAAUCUUGGUGAACUGGGACUGGUGGGCGUGGAGGAUCGGGAACCCUUUGCAGGGAGCAGAGUUGUCAAAUCAAAGGGUCACAUAGCCCACGAUGGCUUCAUCAAUGACACAUAUACACGAUCCCAGCUCAUACUGAUCUCUCCAAAUCGGUUGGCCCAGUACUGGAUCGACUUUGGACAUAUCAGCUACUAUGAGAGAGUCGAUAUCGAUCGCUUUGUGGCGCCAUAG